AUGGAGGUCGACCUGUUGCCUCCACGGGAUGACGAAAUUGAGCAGACAUCAUCAGAUGUCUUCUGCAACUACAAUCACACCCUUGUUCACAUCCAAAUCAUAUCUCUCAAACUCACCCACAUAUCAAAUAUGAGCACAGAUAGGAUAUGUGACGGCCAUGGCCGUCGUCUCUCUGAUCUCCACCCCCGUCGACUUUCGACCAUCCUAAUCGACCGCCACGCACCUACCGCCCGCCGUCUCGAACCUGGUAUUCCGGACCAUGCUACUAGCGGAACGAGCAUCUAUGAUCGGAGCGGAGGUGACUAUGCGCGAGGUUUAGCAACUCGACUUGGUGCAGGUGCUUAUGAAGGACGUUCAAAUGCUCUCAUGAGUGGAGCUUUGAGAUCUCCAAGUACCAGCUCUCUGGGUAUAGGUGUAAGACAGAGAACUCCAAGACCAGCGGAAUCAUUGGAUAGAGGUAUCCGUUUAGGUGGAAGAAGUCCGAGACCGUAUACUCGUCCCGGUGAAACUUUGGGGCAAGGUGCUGCUGGCUAUAUUGGAAGAACUCCGAUGGGUAAUGCUCAAGGCUUUACGCGAGCUUCGGAUCGGCAGCGUCGCCGUUCACCGUCUGUUGCUUCGACGGUUGAGUUGUCUGCAGGUUGGUAUAGCGAUGGAGGUCGACGAAGUCUAGGAUCGGAACGAGGUUUCGGCUGUUAUGACGAGGGUGGAAUGGGGUGGGACCAUCAGUACGAUCCGUAUGGAUGGUAGUGAUCU